GAUCGGGAGGUUUUGGCACAGUAUUUAAAGUAAGGCAUAGACUUGACAAUGAAAUAUAUGCCAUCAAAAGGGUUGAGUUCAAAGGUAUGAUUGACAAAAAUCAAGUCCUUCGAGAAGUGGAAAGCCUAAUAAAAGUGCGGUCGGAAUAUGUGGUCAAAUAUUACAAUUCGUGGUCCGAAGGCAAACACCUCUACAUUCAGAUGGAGUACUGUUCACAGAAUCUCAAGAAUAUUCUCGAAGUCAAGGCACAUGUGUUUGAUCGACAACCUGGAGAUCCUAUGAAUUGUUACGAAUACUUAAUUUCGUGCGAAAUAUUCCGAGAGAUCUUACAAUGUGUUCAAUAUUUACAUGAAUUGAAUCCACAGAUCAUUCACAGAGACCUCAAACCCGACAAUAUAUUAAUAGUUAAGGAUGUAGGGAACGGUAGGUUUGUUAAGUUAUGCGACUUUGGUUUGGCUACAGUUCACGAUAAAGAUAUUAAUUAUAAUACUUGUGGUAAGCAUACUACUGGAGUGGGAACCAUAAAGUACCAAGCACCUGAAAUUGGUCAUGGUACACCGUAUGGACAUAAAGCAGAUAUUUAUAGUCUGGCUCUAAUUGGUGGGGAGAUAUUUGACUUGAUCCUAUUUAAUUAUGACCCUGAUAAG